AUGCCGCGCAGAAAAGCCGCCGACCGCACGGGUCCGGUGAAAACCCGGUCUCGCAGCGGAUGUCGAGAAUGUCGAGCGAGUCGAGUGCGAUGUGAUACCAAGAAGCCCGUGUGCACGAGAUGCUGGGAGAAAGGGCUGCCAUGUUCCACCAAUCUCGUCCUGAAAUGGGAGUCCGAAUUUGUUAGUCGGGGUAUGGCCUUUGGUCGUGCCGGUGUCUGGAGUAAAUUCCGAGACGCAACCUCAUCGGCUUCGGAAUUAUCAGACACGCGCAAUUGGGUGUCAUUGCCGGCCAUUCGGCCAUGGGGGUUUGUCAACACUGGAGUCGCUACAUUUGAGCACCCGGAGCAAGCGGACAUUGUGCUAAAUGAAAUGCAUGCUCUCGCCCCUUUUACGCCCAGCAAUAGCACUUGGUCGGCUGGUGAUUUGGCUAUUUUCCACUCAAGUCUGGGACCAUCCAUCUCUCUUUUCCCGGAGCUCUCUCAUCUCGGAAAUGGAGAACUAUUUGAUUAUUAUCUCCAGCAGGUGUGUCCUCGUACGACGGCAAGCUCUACCGAGUCAUCGCCAUUCGCGUCGGUAAUAUUGCCCUUCAGCACAUCCGCCUCCUCCACACUCUUCAAGGCCAUUCAAGCCUUGGGUGCAUGCCAUCGAUCACGAGCCGAUCCUUCCUACGGUCCGCUUGGGCUUCGCUUAAAAUCUGAGACUUUGCGCGAUCUUCGCCGUCGACUCGCCAACGAGGGUUCCUUGAAUUGCGCCGGUGAUCCCGAAGUCCUGGUUAUCAUGAUGAUGCUCUGCCUUUAUGAGAUUGUAGAUAAAUGCGAUCAGCAUUGGACAAUCCAUCUCAAAGGUGCCAAGGAUCUGAUUCGUCUUCGAAGGCAACAAGCAGCAGCCCUCACUAAAUCCGCCGAUGCACCAGACCCUGCAACCGCCUUCGCAGAGCACUUCUUUGCCUUCCAGGACGUCAUGGGUCGCACUGCUUGCGCCAAGGAGGUCUUAUUCGGCAGUGACUACUGGAAAGCCGAUGAUAAAAAUAUCGACUUAUGGAUGGGUUGCAGUCCGGAAUUGGUCAAUAUCUUGUCUACGAUUACUGAUAUGAGCCGGACAAGACGACAGCUUGAUUCAAGCGGGACCCAAGCUACAUUUUCUAUGCGUGCUGCUUCUCUUGAAAGCCAACUCGAGCACUUGGUCCAGGAAGUUGGAGAUGGUGACGACGAGAUCUUGGCAUCUGCAGCAGAGGCUAAGCGACUGGCAGCUUUACUUUACCUGCAUUGCGGGCUAUACGGGGCGUGCCCUACCACUCCUCUAGUAGUGGAUUACGUUCACCAGAUUCUUCGCCUUGUCUCGGAUCUGCUGGAUCGUGAAGCCCUGCCCAGUAUGACCUGGCCCGUCUUCGUGGCGGCCGUAGAGCUGGACCCCUCGCAAGAUGAGCUCUGGUCAGAUCCUCACUGUGGAUCGGCAUCUGGGCGGGCAACCGUCCUGCGAGCCCUGGCUGCGAUGUCUGAAUCCACCAUCGCCAACAUCGCCCGAACGCGGGCCGUGAUUGCUUCAGUAUGGCAGGCGCGCGACCAGGACCUCGUGAAAGGUCCAAUACAAGGCGAGUUCAACGACUGGGAAAAGUACGUUGUGCCGAUCAGCGAUGCCAUGAGCCUAGCGUAA